AUGGAAAACGAACGGUCGGAAACGCCAGUGAGAGCACUAGCUCAUAGACAUCCUUCCACUUCGCGUAUAGAAUGUGUCUCACAGUCAGUAGAGGCAUCUUUCGUUCACCGUAAACUGGUCCCCAUCGCGCUAUCCAAGGCCGAAUCGGUCUUUGUAUCAAGCAAUGGCGACGUAAUUGUCUGUAGAGACCGCACGGGCCCUUUCCCUACCGGAGACGAACCUGACCCUUGGAACGGAUACCGCUGGCAGGACGACCUCGUAAUGAUGUGCUGCGACGCUGAAUGUGACGAUCUUUCAACCAAUGCACAAGACCAAGCCUUUUGCGGUUCGUGGAGAAGUCCUCAAGGUGGUGGGCUCAUGGGUGGAGCUCCCGCCGAAGUCGCGUCGCCCUUGCAUACUCCAUCUCGAGCCGCCAUUGAUUCUGAUAGAGGCAAACUGUACGGAGGUGGCGGUAAUUUUAAUCCUACAUCAGCAUCGCCGUUGUCGCGUCGAAGGAAAGAAAAUCUCAAAAAUCGAACUAGAACUGUGUUCCGAAGCCCUCCGCUCAAAGGCACGGCGGACGAGGAUUUUGACGAGCAAAGUAUCGUCCCGAUACGAUCCUUUGAUUAUUCUCAUUAUGGCGGAGACGGAAUGGGGAAUGAUAUGAUACCGGAGCGUGUUAGUUUGGUCCCUAGAACACCUCCGUCCCACAGAAAAGUGUCGCUCCCUACUUCACCGAUGUCUCCUUUCACGUCUCCCCAAAAUGAUGUCUUUUCGACCUUUUGCCACGGCGUUCCGACCUUCUUGCCUUCUUUUUCCCAAGUCAAAGUUAAGCAAGUGUCGGCACAUCCUCUUGGAUCGCACGUGCUUCUCAUUUCUCAGCAGAGUCUUCUGUACUCGUACGGCCUUAACGACUUUGGGCAGCUUGGCAUUGGAAUACAAUCACCAAGGCAUGUACACGGUGGCUUCAUAAUGACACCGAGCAUUGUCACGCCCUUGGUAGAGAACGGUGGGAAAGCAAUCGCCUGUGCGGCGGGUGUUAAUCAUUCACUCGUCGUCGUCGUAACGGAAGAACGACGUAUCGUCAAGUCACAGUCAUUUGACAAAGCCAGUUCAAGUCCAUCGCAUCACAACGGAAUGGAAUCUAUCUGUCACCAUCAGCUCUACGGUUUUGGACGCAAUGAUUUUACCAAAAUAGGUCUCGUCAGUCCCAAAAUAUCCAAGCCAGGGUCUUCUGAUGAGAUGGAAUGCGUUUUGCUCCCUCGUCGAGUGGCUCUCCGCUGCAAGGUUAGGCCAGAAGGAUCCUGGCCAGCGUCUUCUCCUCCCCAAGGGAUUUUCGCUAUUGCGGCAUCUGCUGAGCACUCGGCAGCUUUGGUUCGUCGAGCAUCGGGUGACGUCGAAGUCUACACUUGGGGUAACGCUUUGUACGGAGCCCUAGGGCUCCCCCAACAACCAAUGGCUGGGCGCAAUCAUCUAUCGGAACGCCAUAGGCUUGCGUCUGCGGUGCGACUCGUACCUGUUCCUUCAUUCGUAGCAUCCUUAUCACGAACAUCAAAUUAUGAUGCACAAAUUGCGACCAUUCUCUUUCGUGAAAGUGGUGAAUACCCAGUGAAUCUAUCCUUGGGGCGACGCAGUUCUUUUGUGAUUACGUCUUUGGGCCGGUGCUUUUCGUUUGGUGUCAGCGACGAUGGGAUGCUUGGGCUUGGGAAGAACGUGACCGAGGCUCAAGAACCCUCUGAAAUUGCACUUCCAGCUAAUUUGCGUCACGACGCCGUGGUUAGUCGCAUUUUUUACAGGCAACCGCUGGUUAUGACUCGAUUGCUUUGGUUAGUCAUUCAGGAAGAGUCUUUGCUUGCGGCGCAAACUCGGGUAGACUGGGACUGGGAGAAAUACCUGGUAGUGACUUAUCAACACCCACAAGAUUAUUUGGAGGCUUUCGUUUGUGGUAUCAGCCGGACCAAACGUCGCGCUCUUCAGCCACACGCUCCUUUCUACCACCAGCUCCGCAACAAAUGACAACUUCGAUUCCGCGAGGAAUCACACCAGGCUAGAGACAAUCGUAAAAUCUUAAGGUAACACACGGUCAUACAUU